GUGGGUGUCGUCCGGGUACGACACGUCUGAUCCGGCCGCGAUGUGGUCUAGCGAGUUGCCGUUAAAACGAGAAGCGAGGUCGGCGUUAGCCCGCGAUGUAACCGGCCGCAUUGUUUCCUGCGUGGCGUUCAAGGUCUCUCUGUUGAUAAGCCUUAAGUGCCGGGGCUCCGUGGACUCUCAGUAGUGGCUUCACAGAUUGAAAAUAAGACUAAAUGUGGCUGAGCGGACCCGAGUCAGUCGGUCCAGCAGUCUCGGUCUCGGAUUGUGUCCACGUUUGUAGUUCCAGAUGCUCCCCUCAGCCUCAGCAAACACCGGGGUGGGAUUGGAAGUCUAGAUUCACGGUCAGGGUCCGUCUCUCGGGCUUGGCGUGUGUGUUGGGUCUGGUUUGGGACGUCGUUACAGGGAACUAGAAGCAGGGAGGGGGAUGCAGCUCCGCAGAGCCGCGGGUUCAGGUCACCAUGAGACGACGCCUCAGGGGGAGAACCAGGAAGCUGUUUGUGUCGCACGGGUUUACAUGGCAGCGGUGGGUGCACCGACGCGGGACUGAGACGCACGGAUCCCAGGCUGUAACGUGGCCAUGCUGCCGGUCUGCGCCGUGACGGACGGACAGACAGACGGGUUAGUACAGGAUCCAUGCGGGCCGUCAUGUGAUCCAGAGCCGCUCAGGGAUGUGGAGCAGCAGAUGCUCAGCUCAGUAAACCAUGAGGCCAGGGAGGCAAAGCGUGUGUGUACACAGGAGCGUGUCCGGAAGGGGGAACUGAGGUGGCACUGGCCCUGAAAUCUGAUUGGCCACCCCGAGUGCCUCCCAGUUAUUCUCAAGUAUGAUUUGCUAUCUGCCCAGUGAGAGGCGGCUCUUAAGUGGUACUUUUUCAGAUUUUUUCCGUCCGGCUGCGGAGCUUCCUGUGUCGGACAUGUGUCCUCCUGGUGUCCGUCUCCCGGCAGCUUCCUGUGACGCCGCGAUGGUCCGAGGCAGCACCUCCACGUCUGCGUGUUGUCCUUAAGCCUCGUUGGCGCGAGCUCACAUCGGCCACCCGUCGCUGCGAUUGUCAAUAUUUGUGUCCAAACAUGGCCGCGAUUCCUCCUGGGAUCCGCCUUCUGGUGUCCUUUGACAGGGACCAGUGGUACAGAGCGCUCACCUUCAUCCUCACCUUCCUCCUGUACACCAGCUUCCACCUCUCCAGGAAACCCAUCAGCAUCGUCAAGAGCGAACUCCAUAAGAACUGCUCAGCAGUCGGCGAGUUGGCCACCAUCGCCUCCAGCAGCAGCAGCAGCAGCAGCAGCAGCAUCAGUGGCGGCAGCGUUGCUCAGCAGCCCGCGCUGCCGUCUCCCCACACAGAUGUGGACUGCAGCUGGAAGCCUUUUGAUAAAAGGAACUACAAGCAGCUGCUGGGAGCCAUGGACUACUCCUUCCUCUGUGCCUACGCCGUGGGGAUGUACCUCAGCGGCAUCAUCGGGGAGCGCCUGCCCAUUCGUCUGUACCUGACGGUGGGCAUGCUGACCAGCGGCCUGUUCACCUGCCUGUUCGGACUGGGUUACGCCUUCAACAUCCACAGCCUGGGCUUCUACAUAUCUGUCCAGGUGGCCAACGGCUUGGUCCAAACCACCGGCUGGCCCAGUGUGGUGACCUGCAUCGGCAACUGGUUUGGAAAAGGAAGGCGAGGCCUCAUCAUGGGCCUGUGGAACUCGCACACCUCGGUGGGAAACAUCCUGGGCUCUCUGAUCGCCGGCUACUGGGUGUCCUCCAACUGGGGCCUGUCCUUCAUCGUCCCGGGGCUCGUCAUCGCUGCCAUGGGCGUCGUCUGCUUCCUCUUCCUCAUCGAGCACCCGAACGACCUGAAAAGCAUGUACGCUCAGACGUCUCCGCCGGUGGACACGGUUCCCAACAGGAGCUGGGGUGGUGCGAAUGGCCACGCUGAAGCGCAUCGGCAGUACAAGGACAGCAAAGCCCAGAGCUACGACACGGAGCUGCUGCUGCCCAGAGACAGCGUGUGUGUCCCCGUGCAGCCGGUGGUGGUGGUGAAGAGGGAGUCUGAGCCAUCGCCUAUCAGCUUCAUGGGAGCCCUGCGGAUACCAGGGGUGGUGGAGUUCUCUCUGUGUCUGCUGUUCGCCAAGCUGGUCAGCUACACCUUCCUCUUCUGGCUGCCGCUCUACAUCACCAAAGCAGCUCACCUGGAUGCCAAGAAAGCUGGAGAUCUGUCCACCCUCUUUGACGUGGGAGGAAUAGUGGGGGGGAUCUUGGCAGGUGUGAUCUCUGAUAAACUGGGGAAGAGAGCCACCACCUGUGCUGUCAUGCUGCUGCUGGCUGCUCCCACACUCUAUGGCUUCUCCAUGAUCAGCCAGUUCGGUUUCGGGCCAACAGUCGGCAUGCUGUUGGUGUGUGGAGGUCUCGUCAACGGACCGUACGCCCUCAUCACGACCGCCGUGUCCGCCGACUUGGGGACCCACAAGAGCCUAAAAGGCAACGCCAGAGCCCUGUCGACUGUGACGGCCAUCAUCGACGGCACAGGGUCUGUAGGUGCGGCACUGGGCCCCCUGCUGGCCGGGCUGCUGUCUGCGGGAGGCUGGGAUCAGGUCUUCUACAUGCUGAUGGCGGCGGACUUCUUUGCUCUGCUGGAUGAAGGAGCACUGAGCACUUUGUACGGCACCGCCUCCACGCAGGAGCAGCGAGUGCAUCGAAACCACUCGUCCAAGCCUGAAAUGGACUCCCCGGACUCUGCUGGACGCCGGACGUCAACCUCCCAAAACAACAUGUGUGUUAGCGCAGCUGCAGACGUCCUCCCUGUUGACCCCGAACACACUACCUGCUCAGUCUGACCUCACUGUGUGUGUAGCUACGAGUGACAUUUAUUUAUUUCAGAUAGAAACCUUUGAAACGGCAACUUCCAUGACUGCGUUCUUCUGACUCAAAGGCCGCCGGUGGGACCGAGCUGGACGCGGCCUUUGAGUCAGUUUCCCCUCGAGUGUCUCCACGUGGUUUUACACACCCAACAACAGCAGGACUGGAGUGUGAGUUUAUUCAUUCAUUUAGUCUGGAAUGGAGACAUGAGAGAAGGUGGAAGCGGUGCCAGCCGGACCCGAUCUACCAGGGAGGUUUCCUACCCGGCGGCGGACAGAACGGACAGGAAUCCUCUAAAUUAAAUUUCCUCACUGUUUCACAACCUGCUGUUGAUCACAGCAGCCUCAGGUGGUCGUUUCUGCUUCUGCUGCUGCUGUUAACGUCGCUCUGCUGAGAGAGAGAGGAAAUGACUCCGAGACCACUACGACUGUCUGCUGCGUGGAAGUCGCCGUUUCGCCGUCACCUUUGCCUUACUGAACCAAAGAGACUGUGCUGUAAUUUAAAGAGAGUGCUUGUUUUAAAAGGCAGUUAAUUUAUUCCUGUCAGCUCUGUGGUGGUUUCCCUCCCCUCUGAAUGCACCAAAGUUGUGUUUUUAUGCAGAAGCUCGUGAUUUUCUGUGAAUGUAAAGCUCUGCUUAGAUGGCGGACGCGUCAGACCUCGUUUGGAUCCACGUUGCAGUGCAGUGUUGGUGUUUAGAGCAGCUGAAUCCUGUCUCCGUUUGCAACAUCAGUGACUUUAACGCGUCCACUUUGUGAUCUUCUACAGCAUAGAAUCAUGUUGCUGAUCAUCGUGAAACUCGAGAAGCUUAGAGGUUUCUUUCCACAUUUACUUUCAUAUUUAUGAUCUGUUAAUUUAUUAAUUUAAAGGCAGACUCCUGGUGAUAAAUCAAAAGCUGAGGGAUGAUUUCCGUCGCGGUGGCGGCACUGAGACGACGUUGUUGAACAGAGCACAUGUUGAGUGUUCAUCGCCGUUCGUUGUGUAGGACUCGUACUUGAAUCGUUGUGUGCCUUGUCCGUCUUUAUGCUGGGAAGCUGAUUUUGUACAAAUUAAAAAAAAAAGGAAAAAACCAUCAAAAUGUUUCCUCGUCAUUUGUGGAUGGUUAACUCCCAAAGCAUUCUGGGAAAACCAAAACAUUUGUUGUGUUCUCUUAACUCUUUCGGGGUUGUGUUUUUGAUGGCUUCUUCCUGCAGCGUACUGCCACAGGCCGGCUAAAUCGGUCCGGUUCCUGGCAUGGAGUGGCCUCGAGUCUCAGCUGGAGGUGGCAGGUGUCACCAGAAACGGCGAGCGUGUGACAGGCACAAACCCACUCAGUGACACGGGCAGACACACACACGAGGAUCGGGAAGAGGCCGCGAAUCCAAAACUCGCCGUCUGCGUUGGCGUCGACCGCCCAAACAGCUCGUGUGACAAGAGCCAGAAAACUCAUUCGUUUUCUCUCUCAGAAAGUUUGUCUGCGCAUUCAGUUCUGCAAACAAGUGAUCUUAAUUUAAUUCACUUUAAUGAUGUAAUCGUGAUUUACUGCUCAGAUGUGUCAAACAGAAGUAAACGUGGAGCCACUGGGUCCUUUUGGACGCAAAUGUUUGACUACGGCUUUGUGUGGAGCGAUGAGGACCGAGGAGUCCGAGCCAGGACUGGUGUGCACAGGAAGAGAGAGCAGUCGCCUCUGAAAUCGGAUCCGAAUCAGACUGUUCACACUCUCAUGAACAAAGCAGAUCUGAGAGUCAGAUUUGGACCAUCUUUGUCUGCAGGCUGAUUUAUUUGAU